AGAGAGGGACAACCAGGAACUCGGGCUCAGUCUCCACCCCGAAGCGGGGCGGGUCCGCCUGGGAUAAGACCCAAUGCCCGGCCCCGCCAGGGUGUGAUCUCGGUGACCGCAGAGAAGGAGCGCCGUCCCGUCUCGGCCCCAGGGAGAAACUUCUGCUUGGCUGACUGAACUCUGAUCCUGACGUAGAGUCAAAGUCAUGGCAGCCAAGCGAGGCACCGUCAAAGCUGCUUCAGACUUCAGUGCCACCGAAGAUGCCCAGACCCUGAGGAAGGCCAUGAAAGGGCUCGGCACGGAUGAAGAUGCCAUCAUCAACGUCCUGGCCUAUCGCAACACAGCCCAGCGCCAGGAAAUCAGGACUGCCUACAAGACCACCAUCGGCAGGGACCUGAUGGACGACUUGAAGUCAGAACUGAGUGGCAACCUCGAGCAGGUGAUCUUGGGGAUGAUGACGCCCACGGUGCUGUACGACGUGCAGGAGCUGCGAAAGGCCAUGAAGGGAGCAGGCACGGAUGAGGGCUGCCUGAUUGAGAUCCUGGCCUCCCGGAUGCCCGAGGAGAUCCGGCGCAUAAACCAGACCUACCAGCUGCAAUAUGGGCGGAGCCUUGAAGAUGACAUUCGCUCUGACACGUCGCUCAUGUUCCAGCGCGUGCUGGUGUCUCUGUCCGCUGGUGGCAGGGAUGAAGGAAAUUAUCUGGAUGAUGCUCUCGUGAGACAGGAUGCCCAGGACCUGUAUGAGGCUGGAGAGAAGAAAUGGGGGACAGAUGAGGUGAAAUUUCUAACUGUUCUCUGUUCCCGGAAUCAAAAUCAUCUGUUGCAUGUGUUCGAUGAAUACAAAAGGAUAGCACAGAAGGAUAUUGAAGAGAGUAUUAAAUCUGAAACAUCUGGUAGCUUCGAAGAAGCUCUGCUGGCCAUAGUAAAGUGCAUGAGGAACAAACCUGCAUAUUUUGCUGAAAGGCUUUAUAAAUCUAUGAAGGGCUUGGGCACUGAUGACAACACCCUUAUCAGAGUGAUGGUUUCUCGAGUGGAGAUUGACAUGUUGGACAUCCGGGCAAACUUCAAGAGGCUCUAUGGAAAGUCUCUGUACUCCUUCAUCAAGGGUGAUACUUCUGGAGACUACAGGAAGGUACUGCUCAUUCUCUGUGGAGGAGAUGAUUAAAAUAAAAUCCAGAAAGGAUAGGAGGAUUCCCUACACUUCGAAUUUUUUUUAACUUCAUUUUUCUACACUGCUAUUAGCAUUAUCUCAGAAUGGUUAUUUCCAAUUAAAAUGCCUCCAGAUGCCUCCUAAGAUAUAGACUGUAUUAUUAUUCACCUAUAAUUACUCACUAUGAUGCUUUAAAGCUGUACUUGCUUGUCAAAGCUUAUAAAACCUAAAAUGAGAUUUUAAAUUAGAAAUAAGAAUGUGCUCCAUGUUUUCAACAGAUUUCUUCCCUGUUUGUGUUUCACAGAAAUUGAAAUAUAUUAAAUUAUUUCAUAUUUUCUUUUUGGUGAACAGUGUUGAAAUGGAAGACUGGAAGACUUCUAAAAUCACUUUUCCUCCCUAAUUCUAUUUUUAGAGUGGCUAGUAAUUUCUUGAUUUGAAAUUGUGAGCCUCUAGUUAGUAAGAAUAUCUAUCCAAUUUGCUAUUUUACAUGUCAUAGUUUGAAAGCAUCCAUAGAUCUCCUUUGUUUAGGUUUUUGUCUAAAGUGUUAGUUGAUCUUUACUAAGUUUGGCAUUAGAGACUUCCUCCAUCACAUCUUAUGUUACCAUCUCUUAGUAUCUCCAGGCUAAAGUAUACCAAACUCACCAACUCUUCUGAAUGAAUUCAAUUCUAAGUGUGGUUAUACAGAUCAUAUAUGUCUGGUUACCAAACAUAAAUGCUGAACAUUCCACAAUAUUAUGGUUAAUAAUAAUAAUAACAAUAUAAUAAAAUAUUAAUAAUGGUAUUGAUCGAGCCUGAAGAUGAAUGUGAAAGAAUUGUGUCAAACUGUGUAUUCUGGUGAUGGUGUGGUGCUCUGAAUUUAUUUUUACUUAAAGAAAAAUUUUUGUGCCCCAAAUUUUUAAAAUCAUUUUCAAUUUUGUUGAUUUGUAGUAAUUUAUACUUGCACUGUGCCUUUCAACUCUAGAAUUACUGUAAAGGUGUACUUGGAUUUAAUUUAAAAGUUCAGUUUCUAUACAACAUGGAAAAAUAAUUUCAAUAAAACACGGUGCCUUUCAAA